AUGAUCGACAGACAUCCCUCCGUGGCUCCGGUGCAUCCCGGAGAACUCCUGCGCGAGGACGUUCUCCCGGCGCUUUCCACAGCGGCAGCGGUGGCCGAGGCCCUGAAGAUAUCCCGACAGGCGCUUUACGACAUUCUGAAUGAGAAGCAGCCCGUCACCGCUGAGAUAGCCGUUCGCUUCGGCAAGCUGUUCGGCAACGGCCCCGGCUUCUGGGUCAAUCUGCAACGUGCAUACGAUUUGGCGAUUGCGCAGCAGUCCGUGGACGUGUCCGAGAUACCGACUCUUGAAGUGUGUCCGGGGUAG